GCAGGCAGGCAGAGCCCAGGAACACAUCCACGCACAUCCACACACAUACAGGCAAGCCUAGCUGCUCUCCGGCAGAGGAGAGAGGGAUAAACACAGGCAGACCGGAGGAACGCGGCAGCGGCUCUCGCGUGUCUGCUUUGUGUGCGCGUGCGCGCUCGCUCGCUCGCUCGGUGCUCGAGACGACUAGCGGGGCGGAACAUGGAGGGGCUCGGGAACAACGCCGGGAAGUGACCUCGAACCGAGGAGGAAAAAAUUGGGGGGAGACAAACGAACCGAGAAGAGCGAGAAGAAGGACGGACUGCCGGACGGACGGAAAGGAGGAGAGGAAGGAAGAGAGAGAGCGAGAGAGAGAGGGAGAAGUCUUGACAGAGGAGAAAGAAGAGUGGGGAAGGGGUUCACCUGGAACUCGCAAGGAUUUUAAGGAGUGAGCCCUGGGCUGGAUGGGACCCACCAUGCCCCCCAGUAAGAAGGCCCAGAGCCCCAGCAGCGGGGCCAGCGCUUCGCAGGGCAUGAGCCCGCCCUACCGGCAGGGCGACCCCGCCACGGCGGCGUCCGAGGCCGAGGCGGCCGACCUCUCGCUCUCCCUGUCCGCCUCCUUCUCCAAAGCCGAGGACGAGGAGCUCACCAGCCUCUCCUGGCUCCAUGAGAGCACCGACCUCCUCAACAGCUUCAGCCACUCCGGGCUGCGUAGCGUCUCCCCUCUGCAGGAUCCCGACAGUCAGCACCCACGCUCGCCUUCCUCCUCGUCGCCGUCCCCGGACGACGCGCUGCUCGGCGACGCGCACUCGGCGUACGACCUGGCGACGGGGGCCAACCGGAAACCGCCGUACUCCUUCAGCUGCCUGAUCUUCAUGGCCAUCGAGGACGCGCCCAACAAGCGGCUGCCGGUGAAGGACAUCUACGGCUGGAUUCUGGAGCACUUCCCUUACUUUGCGAACGCUCCAACGGGCUGGAAGAACUCGGUGCGGCACAAUCUGUCGCUCAACAAGUGUUUCAAGAAGGUGGACAAAGAUCGCAGUCAGAGCAUAGGCAAAGGCUCCCUGUGGUCCAUAGAUCCAGAGUACAGGCACAAUCUGAUCCAGGCGCUGAAGAAGACGCCGUAUCAUCCUUAUUCGCCCAGUUUGGCCACACCUUCCACCUCCCCGCCCAGCCUGCCUCAGACGUUUCACCACAGUCCUCCAUUGUGGUCAGGGAGCCCCCUCUUCAGAAAGAACGGAGGAGUUCUGCUACAAGUUCCCCGCGGCGUGAUCCAGAACGGCGCUCGCGUCAGGAGCCAGGCCCUCUUCCCUGUCAUCAGACCCCUUCCCGUAAGCCCCGUGGGGAGCAGAACCUCGGCCAUAAGAUCAUCCCUGGGAGAUUACCUUAGCCGGGGAAAGGACAGCCCGUCUCGCUACUCCCCCAUCCCUUGCGGCGAGGACCUCCAGGACGACCACACCUACAGCACCGGCAAGUCCCCCAGCAGCCUGUCCCCCUCCGAAAUCACCAAUCCUUCCUCCGCGCUGGAAGACAACGACAUCAUCGCCGUGGAGAUCCAGUCGGACAUCAAGCCGGAGCCCCGGGAGAUCCCGCUGGACUCUCACAUAGCCACAGCCGCCGCCGCCGCCGCCUACGUUUCCCAGCAGCCCCCGCGCGGACAAAGACGCAGCUCGGCGGCCGGAGCCGGGACUCUGCCGGGCAGCAGCCUGCCCUGGACCAAAAGCCGAGCGAGGGGCAUUAGCGACACGCUGCCGCUGAAGAAGCGGCGCGCGCCGGAGAAGCCGCCGGAGAGCGACGACGAGGAGAUGAAGGAGGCGGCGGGGUCGCUGCUCCACCUGGCCGGCGUCAGAGCCUGCCUCAACAACAUCACAAACCGCGCCGCCAAGGGCCAGAAGGAGCAGAAAGAGGCCCUAAGAAACUAAAAAAAAAAAAAAACAUACGCAUUCAGAAACCUCCAGGCACGCACACCCAACACACACCCCCACACCCCCACACACACCCCCACACGUACACAAAUAGGUCAACAGGUAACGUUACUACAGCAUUAGUCUCGACAGACACUCGUCAUCUCCCUCUAUCUAUCUGCAGGGCAUUAGGUGAAUCCUACUUAUUUGUGGCAAUAUCAAAAAUCAAUGUUUUCCUACAUGUUCAGCAACACUAACAUCAAUGGGUAUCUCUCAUAUGUCUAUGUUGGGUUUUUUGUUGUCGUUUUAAAAAGGGGAUGAAAGCCAUAAAAAAAAAGCAUGUUUUGUCACUAAUUCGCGGCGAGCAGAGGAAGUACGCCGCGCAGCGAGCGGAGGAUGGCUGUUUGUCCUUUCCUGGUUUCGGUUCUUUUCUUUUUUUUUUUUUUCCACAUUGAAUCUGUAGCAAUCUCUCAGCGAUGCCAGCUAACGCGGCGGAGACCCACCUCUUCAGGGGGCGGGGGGCAUCGCUCUCCGACACCCACGAGCACAAACGUGAGACUGUGCCAAAGAUACGCGACCAGGUUGCUUCAUGUAGCCGAUGCGACAGCCGACGGAGAAGAAGGACAAAAAAGAAAAACGGAGAAGGCAUUGUGGUAAAGAGCUGAAGAGAGGAGUGACCUCAAGUGUCAAAGUUAAAACCCAAUGUGAUGUAUAUUCAAUGCACUUAAAAUUAUUUUAUGCCACUUACAUGGAGAAAAAAAAAACUUGGUUUAUUUCGAGAGCACUCAUAGUAUUUAAGAAUAAAAUAUCUUAAAAUAAAAAAAUGUAAAAAAAAAAAAAGAAGUCAUGUUUAUCACGAUAGAGACAGAUAGCAAGCCGGGUCUGAGGCAAUAUCUUCUUCAUUUUGUUGUUCUUGUUGCAUCACGUAGUCGUCGUCCCUGAAACUCGCUCAGUACCUCCGUUCAGAGAUCAUAGCUAUACCCAGUAGCUGCCACAACGUCCUGUCCAGCCGACAACGCCAACUUUCCACGUCCGACCCGCUGGGCUCGGGCCUCUCCUGACCGUCGUGUCCCCAUCUCUAAACCCUCUCACUCUACCUUCAUAAAGAUAUAAGCAAUUUGUCCCGCGCGGGCAACUCUGUACAAAGGUUAGAAAAUAUUUUAUUUUUUUUCCCCUUUUUCUUAAUUGAAGCAAUUUGACCUGCAGGACUUUCUCAGUUAUAUUGCAUGGGUGCUUGUAAAUAAGAUGAGAAGCAAAAUCUUUUUUAUUCAAAGAUUCAUGUAAGAUAAACGAUGUAUUUAGCAUGAAGCAUGACUUAUUUUCAUAUAAACCUUGAUCCUACAGGAAAGGAAAAAAAAAAACGAUUUUUUUUUUUUUUUUCUGCCAAUUCUAAUACCUGUGAUUAUUAUGGAGUUUUUUGUUUUGUUUUAUCAGGGUUUUUUGGGUUUUUUUCCUUUGGAGUGGGCAUGUCUUCAGGCAGGAAACGUAGAUUAGAGACCUCCACCCCCCGUUGAAGGGCGGGUGGUGAAACCUCUAGGCUUCGGAUUUCAGGGCCAGCAGAAGCGCCUCUUUUGAGGGGUGGCGGGAUGAGGGGGUGUAGGGUGGGCUUCCGUCUACUUCUGCCUGUUGGUCUUGUCUCUUUUCAGCGUUUUAGUUUUGGAUUUGUCGGAGUGGGUUUUUCAACGACACGUCUUCAGGCAGGAACAAUUAGAAACCCCCCCCUUUGCACCCCCUCUCCCAAGGGUGCCACCUUUGAGCUCCGGGUUUGACCACCUCUUUUUGGGGAGGGUGGGCUUCUGUCUUCCUCUACCUGACUGUCUUUCUUUUUUUUGUUUGUUUUUUUGUUGAUUUUUCUUGUAGGUGUUCAGUGUUAUCCCCACAUCCCCUCCCACCCCCGGUGUGUCACUACAGGUCUCGUCUGUGGAGUGUGUGAGCCAGUGUGUCCGAGAACACACACACCCUUUAACGUUGUGCCUGCCUCCCUGCCUGCCGUCAGUCGCUCUAUUUACACAACAGAGCGCCACCUGUAUUUAUUUAUAACAGUUUUGUUUUGUUUUUUGUUGGGGGGGGAUUUUUUUCUCUCUCUCUUUUCCAGCGUGUAGAUGUACAUGUGAUCUUACUUUCCAUUGACAUUGUUCAGUGUAAAUGUAUGAAUCAGUUGGGCAUGGAAAACUCUGUAGGUGUCCUGAAUAAAUCUCAUGUCCCCCUCCACCCCUUCAAAAUGGAAAGAAAAUGGCUACCUUGUAGGAAACAGAGAGGAAGAAAUGUUGUUUUCUAAGUUAAAUACAGUAUUUUAAAUUCUGUAAUUUAAGAAGAGGUUUGCUGCCAUUGUAGAGGACAAAACACGGUAGGAAACUUUAAAGGGCAUAUAUUAUUAUUAUUUUUAUUUUCUUACCAAAAUCAAGAAAUGUGUGAAGAUUCAAAGUGACGAAGCAGCCAAACGUUCCCGAAGAGCGACGCCAAACACAGGCAUCAGUGCGAAAUACAAAGGCACCAAAGACGAGUGUCGUGAUUUGCAAAGAGUACAGCUUGAGGUCAAAACGUGAAAAAUAGUAUGAUUAACCUCAUAAGGCCUAAGUUUCAAAUGUCCGGCUGGAUGUUUUUUGCUUCUUUUAAUUGUAUUUUAAUUGUUCUUUAAAUGUCCUGUGAGUAAACAUAUUUGCCCAUUUAUCCGUAACAACUGGAACUUUCAAUAUCUAGCGAGUAUCUGGCCAGUAAAAUUUGAAGUCAGCCUAACCAGAGAGGUCGGAAGUUUGUCCCUUCAAACAGCAUGCUGUUUCACACUAAAACAAAACGUUAAGGUAAUAAAUCCUCAUCUAUGACCAAACUACAAUUAGUUAAUUUCUCUUCUUCAUUUGGCUCCGACACGGAGAAACAGCUGAAGCUAUUUAGCAUUUUGUACUGACAUAACAGAAAAGUGUUGUGGAAGGCAGCAUUUUCUUAUCUGACACACUUUAUGCUCACAAACAGCAAGCUACUGUUGCCUCUGCAUAAACUGUAUUUUAUCACCGUCUCCCAAUUUCGGGGUUGUUCCUUCCCUGAAGUCCCAAAAAAUUCCGAGUGUUUCCAACAUAGAAACUUUUUCAGUUGUUGUUUGACUCCAACAUGCGGCUACACACGCACUCGACAAGUCCCGGUUGAUGAGGCCUAUCAGACACCAUACAUGGCGCUUCCUGUUUUUAGAUAAUUGUCGACUUUUGUUUUACUGUCAAAAAGGUGAAUUGGAUUUAUUUGUUUAGAAAAACAACGGAAAGGCACACUUUCAACAUUUUGUAUUUUUAAACAGUCUUUGCUUUGCUUUGUUUAUUUUGUUUUUAUGAGAAAUGAUGUAAAACAUUAAAGGAGAGCGCGUCAACGUGCUAAUAUUCUGUCAUCUGGGGUUGUUUAGAGUAGCAGAGACAGAAGAGGUGUGUGUGUGUGUUUUUUAAGUUGACUAGACACUGAGCGAUUAUGAGCAGGUCGAGCCGGAAAAACAAAUGCAUGUCCCAUUCACCGGUAUGCUCCUUUUGCCACCUGCAGCAUGCAUCGCUGACUUUCCAUUCCGCGCAUACGGAAAAAGAGGCCAAGAGGAAAACGCAGUCGGAGCGUCUGGCUGUGUGCCAUCCGUCUCGUUUCUGUCUGAGGGUUCCCACUCGGCUGCAUUCGACGUAAUACCCCCCCCCCCCACCCCUCCCCACACUCACACACACACACACACACGCCCCUGCACUGACAAGUAAAACAAAAAAACACAAAAAAAGAGUUGGUUUACCAGACGCUCAAUUUUUUAGUGCGACUCCCCUUGUAUUUUGUCGUAGAGAUUAAAUCUGGCUUUUAACGUCCUGGAAAAAACUCAAAUUAAUUUCUUUCCACUGCCUGAAAAAGCGCUCAAGACGAGUGAUUUUAGUUCUUCACACCUGCCAAACAGAACCCAUUCAUAAACAAAUGAACGGUUUUUGCCAACUUUUUUUUUGUUUUGUUUUUGCUAGUUUUUAAUCCCUUUAUUAUUAUUAUUGUUAUUAUUAUUAUUAUUAUUUCUCUUGUUCAAAAUUCCUUAAAAUACUGCCAUUGUUUCUGCAGAGCUGAAUCUUGGAAAGCCAUAGGUUCAUGUUUGUGAGCGAGAUGUGAUGCGGGGUGCACCCGGGUGUUGGUUCCUAUUUUUAUUUUAUUUCUUUGGUUUGGUUUUUAUCUCAGUAAGUGUUCGGUUCUCUCCUUAUCGUGCAAUCAUGUUGCCAAAGAAUGAUUUCAAGACCUACUUCAUCACUACAUGUAAAUAUCAACGUUGUCCAAUGCCGUGGCAAAAAAUAUAUAAAUGUCGUUUUUCUUUUCUUUGUUGUUUUGUUUUCCAUUCUCUGAGAAACUACGAUGAUGUUUAUGUGAUGUAUUGUCUUCCAGUUGGUUGCAAUAAUAAAAAAAAAUACAAGUUGCA